UAAAGUUAUCUCUAUAGUAUCUUCAAAUUGUUGUUGUGGAACUCCUCUUCCAGAGAGCGCAUUCAUUUUACAUAAGCUCCUUUUAAACAGAUUCCUAACACUGAAACUGAAAAGGCCCACAUGGAGUUGCUCCAUUUACCUUGCAGCUUUGAAUGAGGUACAAAUGAUUAAUAUGAAAAAUCUUCUGACCAUAAAACCUUUCUAUUUUUGAACAACAAAGCCUAUUCAUUGGAUUUAUAUAAAGCGCAGGGAGUCUCCAGAAGAAAACAAAGUUGUUUUUUUUGUUUUUUUUACAUAUAAAGUUUAAUGCAACAAAUUCAACCCCAAGAACAACAGUGGCCCCAAGAUAAGCAACUGUACUGGAUGCAGAACUGAAAAAAGAAGAAGGAAGAUUGCAAUUUUUGAAAUUAACAUGAACUGUUUACACAUUAUCUGAUGUGAAUAACCAACAAACUGAACUGUUGUUUAUAUAGCUACUAGUCACGAUGGUAUUUGUCAGAGAUCUUAUUUUCUUUAGAGAGUGCCAAAGUUAAAUUGUUUCUCGUGAUUAUAUGAUUUCUUUACGAUUCGUAAUAUUUAGGGGAACAUCUGAAUUUUUCCACAUCUCCAAGGACAACCUGCCUCACGAGUACCAGUCUAAGGGGAAAUUUGCAUGAAUGCAUGCUCAGUGGCUGGUUAGUCCAGUCGUGCUUCAAAACUGAAAAAAAGAAAGAAAAAAGCAUUAUUUCAUCAGCUUUCUUUAAACAUUUACAGCACGGUAGUUUGGUUAGGACUAACAUUGUGAGUGUAAAUGCAUUUAUAAAUGCAACCCUUAAUCAGAUUUAAUCUUAGCUUCUUCCGGUCUUCCACACAGAAGACUUUAUUUCAGUCAUAUGUCCUGACUCAUUUUGCGUCACUGGUACAUACUGCUGUCAAAGCAGCCCCGUUUUCCCUCGUCUGAACUAUCUUUGCAAAAGUCCAACAGCCCGUUGUCCGUUUCAUCACCUGGAUCUUUGCAGAAGUGAUUGCGAAAGAGGAUUCGACAUGUUAAAGAUGUUAUCACAUCAGACUGUAGCAUCCUGUUUAUUUGUUCAUUCAUUUGUUUGGUUGGCAACAUGUUUUGAUGCUGCGUUUUUAAUAUAUCAUGUUUAAUAUUGACGCUAUGUGAAGUGAGGAGGGUUUAUUGUAACACAGGGUUAUUCGACUGAGCGUCUAACGGUCUUACAGGACGCACAUGAAAUGGAAAUAACAGAAUCCAACCCCUCCCACCUCCCCACCCCAACACAGACACAUUGCUGAAAUCCAACUAUUUCUUUAGUUUUCACCGAACACAAAGAGAAAUCAAUGAACUUGAGUCGCAGUUCAAACACUUCCUUAUUCUAAGUAUGGUUUUACUCAUGUGUUUAGAUGCUCGGGUGGAUUUAUUUCGCAAAAUCACAGCAAAUGCGAGACAUUUUUAUUGCGUGUAAUAUAACGUAUGAACCACAACCUUCUGUGGAAUACUUAGAAUUUUGCUUGUGCAAACCUUAAAGUGAGGCAAUUGUUCACUUCUUCUAAACAACUCAGCAUUUCCCUCUACGGGCGUAGGCUUUCUGCGCCUGACGAAAGAAAACGAAAGGAAGAAGCGCACGAGUGUACGCACAUUUUUAAAAAGCUGUUCAGGUGGAUCUGCUUUAGUUUUAGUUUUCUUCUGUGGGUUUUGCAGACUUGGUGAAAGCACUAUGUUUUUCUUUAUCUUUAUUGCGUGGAUAGGAAAGCCGGUGAACGCUGCCUGUCCAUUAGAACUUAGCCCUCCUAGAGUUGUGGUGAGAUUCGGAGACUCCUUAUCAGCAAACUGCACCUCAUUAUCUGACCAGAUUGAAGGAAUGGGAUGGGAGUCUCCAUAUAGAGGAGUGGACCUUACCCAGGGUGUCACUUCUCUUCCCUUUAAAAUUGACUCUGUGCCAGAGUGGGAGAUAGGACCAAUGUGUUUUAUGAAUUCCCGUGAUGGUGAUCAGUGUACAAAACUGUUACCGGUCACUGUUUAUAAAAUGCCAGACAGUGUGUCUUUGAAGAAUUUAAGUACAGUGAAAGAAGGCCAACAGUUUGCCAUACAGUGUGACGUUGUUAAUGUUGCACCAGCAAGAAAUCUUUCAGUAGUUUGGCACAAAGGAAAUAAGAUCUUAAAUUCUGAGACAUUUGAUGAGUCCAGUCCAUCUCCCGUCAGUAAGUCAUCUGUCCUCACUCUGACUGCUCAUAGAAAUGAUGAUGGAGCUGAGAUCUGGUGUGAAGCAAAACUAAACCUGUGGCCAGAGGAACAAGGUCCUCCUCCAGUGCGUUCAGAGGCGCAUACUCUGAUUGUACUCUACCCACCAACCUUUAUCAGUGCUUCAGAUGAGACUCUGGACUUUCCAGCUGGUAAAAGUAUGACUUUAAAUUGCAAUGCUACAGGAAACCCUUUGCCAUCAUACCACUGGCAAUUCCUACAAGCAGCACAAGAGACGCACAAGAAUCAAAAUGAGAAUUAUCCAGCUUUGACUCGACCAUUUGAGUUUCCAGGAAUCUAUACCUGCACCGCCUCAAACACACAGGGCACUGUGACCAAAUACUUCACAGUCAGCGAAUCUCCAUACCCACCAGCCUUCAUCGAUCCUUUAAAUGAGACUCUUGAACUUUCAGCUGGCAAAAGUAUGACUUUAAAUUGCAAUGCUACAGGAAACCCUUUGCCAUCAUACCACUGGCAAUUCCCACAAGCAGCACAAGAGACGUACAAGAAUCAAAAUGAGAAUUAUCCAGUUUUGACUCGACCAUUUGAGUUUCCAGGAAUCUAUACCUGCACCGCCUCAAACACACAGGGCACUGUGACCAAAUACUUCACAGUCAGCGAAUCUCCAUACCCACCAGCCUUCAUAGAUCCUUUAAAUGAGACUCUUGAACUUUCAGCUGGCAAAAGUAUGACUUUAAAUUGCAAUGCUACAGGAAACCCUUUGCCAUCAUACCACUGGCAAUUCCCACAAGCAGCACAAGAGACGUACAAGAAUCAAAAUGAGAAUUAUCCAGUUUUGACUCGACCAUUUAAGUUUCCAGGAAUCUAUACCUGCACCGCCUCAAACACACAGGGCACUGUGACCAAAUACUUCACAGUCAGCGAAUCUCCAUACCCACCAGCCUUCAUCGAUCCUUUAAAUGAGACUCUUGAACUUUCAGCUGGUGAAAAAAUGACUUUAAAUUGCAAUGCUACAGGAAAUCCUUUGCCAUCAUACCACUGGCAAUUCCCACAAGCAGCACAAGAGACAUACAAGAAUCAAGAUGUGAAUCAUCCUAUUGUCACUCGACCAUUUGAGUUUCCAGGGGUCUAUACCUGCACCGCCUCAAACACCCAGGGCACUGUGACCAAAUACUUCACAGUCAGCGAGUCUCCAUACCCACCAGCCUUCAUCAAUCCUUUAAAUGAGACUCUUGAACUUUCAGCUGGUGAAAAAAUGUCUUUAAAUUGCAAUGCUACAGGAAACCCUUUGCCAUCAUACCACUGGCAAUUCCCACAAGCAGCACAAGAGACAUACAAGAAUCAAGAUGUGAAUCAUCCUAUUGUGACUCGACCAUUUGAGUUUCCAGGGGUCUAUACCUGCACCGCCUCAAACACCCAGGGCACUGUGACCAAAUACUUCACAGUCAGCAAACCUCCAGGUAUUGGUUCCGGGGUCAUUGCUGGGAUCGCUGUAUUCGUUGUACUUGUUGUUCUCUUUUUUGGGGCAUUGAUUUAUUACAAAUAUGCGCUCCGAAAACGCUGAGAGAUAAUGUAUUUUUAAAGUCAAAGAAUUUGCUGUGCCAGGUUUAAAUCCUCAAAGUUUCUCAGCUACAUUCUUAAAUUUAUUAAAAACAUGAAGACUAGUAACAUUCAAAUAGCAUGUUUUAUUUUAGCAGUUUGUACACUUUGAUUUAGUUUUUAUAGAAACAUGAUUGUACUUAUCAAUUGUGAUUUCUGUAUUUUUUUCUUUCAAUGUUUUAGUGUUUUGCCUUUUUUGACACCAUUAUAAUUACUCAAUAAAAAUGUUCUUUUCAAAUACAGGCUUCAUUUGUCGAGAUCACAGAGAUUCACCGUGUAGUAUUAGUACUGUACAUUAUCAGUAUUAGUAUGUCCUCACUAAUGCACACUAGUUUUCAGGUAUGAUCUCCUGAAAACAAGAUUAGUAACUUUUUACAGCAUUGCUCACUUGCCACAUGUUGUCUUUUCUCAAUUUAUUUUGGAUCUGAAAUCCAGUUUUACAAGUGUGCACACAUUAAAUCAAAAAUAAAGUUGAUAAUAAGUGUCA